UUGCAAACAUUUAGCAGCAUAGCUGUUAAAAUGAUGUUAAAGAAGGAUAUGGAAUGUCUUUUACAUGCGUGUACUUUCUUUAAUUUUACGUAUCAUUAAAAUGACAUUUGAAAAACAAGAAAGAAAGAGAGAAAGAAAGAAAAAAGAAAUCGUAAAUGUUGAGUGUCAAUGGGGGUUAACUAAAGGAAAAUAAUUCUCCGAUAGAGAGUAAUCGUUCGUAAAAUAAAAGGCAUCCGAUAAAACUUUUCUUCGCGAGAGGUUUGAAAAAAAAGAACAAGAAGAACACAGGUGUCUCGUUUUUCGUUCGUAACUUUUAGUUUGAAUGUUUACAUAAAUGGGAUAUUGCGCGAAACACAAGUGCGAGAAAUAAAAAAGAAAUUAAAUAAGAUCUUAUAUUGGUCUUAGGCCCAGUGGGGUUACGUCGACGCAUGCGCUGUGACAUUAGUCGAUAGGAACAUAACUAGCGGCACAGGUCUCGGAGUCGACGUCUUAACCUCAAAAUAAAUAUUCGUUCUCCUUAGUUUUAUUACUUCGAGACGUCGACGUAAAUCAUUGUUGAAAAGUGCAGAGGAAAGAUUUUAUGGCUCGUCGUAUAGAAGAUUACGUACGUUUGGAAGAUGGGUCAUGGAUCAAGCCGUUCUGCUUCAUCUGCAAAUAUUCUAUCUGCAGACGAAUUAACAUUAGUGGACAAUAUUUUUAAAUCAAUGUCCAGAAGUUCGGGUUCUAUAAAACGUGAAGAUAUUUUUAAACAUUGGUCGAUGCACUUGGAUGACGUGCUUUUGCAAUUUGUCGUAAAAUUUCUUUGCCAUGAACCUGGCAAAAAGGUCUCCGCCAUAAAUGGAGAAAAUUUUGGUCGUUUAUAUGUUUUUGCGGUACGUGGAAGCGCAGCAGAACGUACUGAUUUGAUAUUUGAAGGAUUUUCCGAAGAGGAACAGAAAUUUGAAAUACCUACUGCUACGUUUCUGCAAUAUAUUCAAGCCACUAUUAAUUCUUAUUUAAGGCUGCAAAAAAAUGCUGCUAACUCCCAUUAUCUUUCAUGGAGUAAUAUUGGUUGUACUGUGAAUAAUAGACGUAUAAAUAUGCGUUCGCGAAGUUUGUGCGAAGAUAUUGUUAAAUAUGGUGAUGUGUUGACGGUCGAUCAAGUAGAAAAUUGGUUUGCUGCUGCUGCUACGUUUAAAACAAUUCAAUCACACGUUUUUCAGUGCCUUUUUCUAGUUUCUCAGAAGAAAGGAGAUAAGAAUACGAGUGCACGUAUUAAUGAUUUAAAUCUUUUACCUAUUUGUAAAGGUUUGGAAAAUAUUCCUCAUUUUCCAAGUAUUCUGGGGCUUGGCGACGUUUUGUUCCUAAAUCUGAGUUUACCUCAUGAACUCCGUAAAGAAUGGAGAUUUUUAUUUUCGAGUCAAGUACAUGGAGAAUCAUUUACCACCAUGCUAGGAAGAAUAACUAUGCAAGGUGCAACAAUUAUUAUAUUACAAGACACCGAUGAUCAUGUCUUUGGUGGUUUUGCACCAGAUAGUUGGAGAUUGGGACCAACUUUUAUAGGAAAUCAAGGCUGCUUCCUAUUCAAACUCGAGCCAGAUAUUUUAACAUUUUCUUCAACAGGCUACAAUAAUCAUUAUCAAUACUUGAAUCUUUACCAACAAACUAUGCCUAAUGGUUUGCUUAUGGGUGGACAAUUAAAUUAUCCAGGAUUAUGGUUAGAUUCUGAGUAUGGAACCGGUAAAUCAAGUAUAUCGUGCUCAACAUUUCAAAAUUAUUUGCAAUUAAGUGGUAAAGAAAAUUUUAGAAUCAAGCAUUGCGAAGUAUGGGGUGUUGGUCCAAUACCAACUGUAGAAGAAAAUAUACGAGAAAAUAAAUCUGUCUUAGAUCAAGAUCCAGCAGCUAAAGUAAUGAUGGAACUUCAAGGACGUAAAAUGUAUAGCGAAGGAAUCAGGGACAAAAAAGACUAAUAUCACGCUUAAAUAUUUAAAGAUUAUUGUAUAAGACUCAUGUUACUAUUAAUUAUAUUGUAUGAUCGUUCAUUGAAAUAUUUCAAUUCUAAUCGAAAUUUAUUGAGAAUUAAGUCAUUGAGAUUAUAUAUGUAUAUAUACGUAUGUAUGCAUAUAUAUAUAUAUAAAUAAUAUAUAUAACAAAAGAGAGAACUCUCUGGAUAUACUUAAAAGCAAAAAAAUAAAAUCUAAUAUAUUGAAAAUUUAGUUUUAUAUUUUACCGAUGAACAAUUUUAAUAGCGAAUUAAUUUAAGAAUGCAAAAAAGGAUUUACAUUUUAUAGAUCCUAUUAUAUAUAUAUAUAUGGUAAUGAAUCAGAAAUUCUUGUUAGCGGCAUCAGUUUAUGGAGAAUUUUAAUCAAAUUAAAUUAAUUAUUAGAUUGAUUAGUAAUCGUUUUUUGUCUAUUACAUCUAUAUUAUAUAUUAUCUAUACGUAUGAAUGUUCGAACGAUAUAGUGGUUAUACAUUAUAUAUGUUAACAUGUCAGAUUAAUUUAUAGAUUUUUUUUCUUUAUUGUUAAUUAUUUUAUCGAGUGUAUAACAAAGUAUCGUCAUCAGACGGCCUGAUCUCUUUUAAUAUACGUAUAUACAUAUAUAAUAUAUUUCCUAUACACACACACACACACACACACACACACACACACACAAAUAUAUAUAUAUACAUAUAUAUCAUUCGAAUAUUGUAUAAUAUGUAUAUUAAACACUACGUCUUGAUAUUGAGAGAUGUCAUAGAAUAUGCAGUGUAAUCUACAUGCCUAUCAUAUAGUGCCUGAUCGUUUGAAAUCAAUGAUCACGAAGGUGUGUUUCGUAACUACUAGUCAACGUAAAGAUUUCGUCGCAAAUUGCUAUUAUAUAUGUGUAUAUAUGUGUAUAUAUAUAUAUAUACACAUAUGUUUUAAAAAUGUAUAACAAAAAAAAAAAAAAAAAAAAAGAAAAAAGGAGAAACAGCUGUUUAUCGAUAUUAAAAGAUAAAUAAGAUUUAUCGCACUGUUAUUGAACGUAACGUGAAUUCAAUAAAGUACUGAAAAAGUGUAAA